AUGCUUCAAGUAUCAAAACUCUCGAAAAGAGCAAUCGAUACUAUACAAGGGCCUAUAAUAGGAGUAGCUAAGCACAAGUUAGAAAUUGCAAGAACAACAAGCAAUAGUUCUGCAUAUAUGAAUUAA